AUGGAGCUGGGCCACAGAGCAGGUACAACCACUUUGACCAGGACCCACCUGAACAACAAGGAGGCCCAACAGGACUCGAACUCCUGGAGAAAUGCCUGUAGCCCCUUAGACAGCCCACUGUCAUCCCCAACCCAGGGAGACAACACCGGAAGCAGCCAGCUCAGGCUGGCCCAUGUAAAGAAGGUGCAACCUCCUCCCCCAACAGCCAUCCACGGGGGCUCUCUGGGGAUGGACCUACAGUCUGGGCCCCUGCAGAGGGGAUGCCCACGACACUCUUCAAAGGAGAACAUGGGUGCCUACCAAGAGGGAGCUCUGCCAGGCCAGGGGCUGGAAGGAGAUGUCGGCUUGCAGGCUCAGGACUGGAGGGGCUCACCCGAGUGCCAGGAGAAGAGUGUCAUUCCUGACAAUAUUCGCCACAAGUUUGGGAGCAACAUGGUGGAUCAGCUGGUCACCGAGGAGCAGGCACGAAGGGCCAUUGAUGAAGCCGUGGAGUGCCAGAAGAGGUCAAGUUCAUGGCCCAGCAGGAACCAGAGCCCCUUGGAAAUCUCUUCCAGGUUCUCAGACUACUACGAUCUGGGCUACAACAUGCGGUCAAAUUUGUUUCAAGGGGCCCCCAAGGAGACGAAGAGCCUCAUGAAGGACUCCUAUACCCCAGAGGUGAUUGAGAAAUCGGUGAGGGAUACAGAACACUGGCAUGGCAGGAAGACGGAUGAUCUAGGCCGGUGGUACCAGAAAAAUGCUAUGAACAUGAACUUGCAGAAAGCACUGGAUGAAAAAUUUGGAGAGAAGAGCAAAUCCAGGGGCUCGAAAUACUAA